AUGUGGAAGCGCAGUUUUCACGAUUUCCUGUUGAAGUAUUCUUCUCCUUUGAUUAUUAGCAUUACCAUGGAACAAUUGCAAAAGACGGCUAAAACCUUCCGACAAGUAUGUCAACCGAAGCAUCAAAUUACAGACGCUGUGGCCGACGACGUCAACAAUGGAGUUUUCGCCGACACGAAACAAUUUAAAUGCUACGUUAGCUGCCUGCUCGACAUCAUGCAGGUUGCCCGCAGGGGCAAGGUGAACUACGAAAAGUCACUCCGGCAAAUCGACACCAUGCUUCCGGAUGACUUAAAGUCUGACUUCCGGACCGGACUUGAGGCGUGCAAGAACGCUGCAAAGGGCAUCAAGGACCAUUGUGAGGCUUCAUACGUUCUGUUGCAAUGCUUUUAUAAAAAUAACCCUAAGUUCAUUUUCCCAUAA